CUGUGCCCAUCAGUGCCCAGCAGUUCCGCCCAUCAGUGCAGCAUCAUCAGUGCUGCCUGUCAAUGCCGCCUAUCAGUGCCUCCUAUCAGUGCCCAUCAUCAGUGCCCAGCAGUGAUGCCAGUCAGUGCCACCUAUCAGUGCUGUCUUUCAGUACUCAUCAUCAGUGCCGCCUAUCAGUGCUGCCUAUCCAUGCCACCUCAUUAGUACUGCCUAUCAGUGCCGCCUAUCAGUGCCCUUCAGUGCUGCCUAUCAGUGCCGCCUAUCAGGUGCCCAUCAGUGCUGCCUCAUCAACGCACAUCAGUGAAGGAGAAAAAUUACCUGUUUGAAACAUUUUAUAAUAGAAACAAAGAAACCUUUUUUUUUUUCAAAUUUUUUGCACACUUUUUGUUUAUAG